AUGGAGAAAGCCACAAAAGACCUUCUGGUGAUAUACGAAGAAGAGGCAGAGAAAUGGGCCUUCUACUUGAGAGAAAUCUUUCAACAUGUGAUAGAGAUGGAAGGAAUUCUACUCUACAGUCUUCAGAACGCAUCCUUCCGCCAUCUGGACUUGCUUGGAUUAAGAUCUUACAGAUGCAAACUGCUGAUCUUGUCAAAAAGACUCCUAAGACGCCUGAGUCCGAAGAAAUGCCAUUUUCUGGAUAAGAUCCUUCAUCCUUCAGAAAGUGUGGUGUUCCUCCUUUGUGGUGUGAGCAGUUCAGACAAGCUGUACGAGUUACUGAAUAUUCCCCAGGGCAGGAGUGAGAUCUCCACUGACCAGGAACCUGAAGACUACAUUUCGGUCGUCAAGAGUGUUCUGCAAAACGAUGCUCAAGAUGGUUUUGAAGCGAGUCCAGAAGUCUCAGGAUUGAGCGACUCUGUGGAAACCAAAGAAAGAAGAGGAACUGAGGAAGGGUCUGAGACGUUGGCAGACUACCUCCCGCCGAUACUGGUGACGCCAACAGAGAUAUCCUGUGAGAACCCUGGUGAAAUAUUCAUUCUGUUGAGAGAUGAAUUCAUUGGUGACUCCAUAGAGGUCGAAUUUACUUCAAACAAUACGAGUAUUAGAAGUCGACCAGCCUUUUGGAACAGGACGGUCAGGUGCAUGAAAGCCCUAGAUUUUCCUGCUGGAUCUGUCAACGUAAAUGUCUACUGUGAUGGAAUUGUUAAGGCCACAGUGGAGAUUAAAUACUACACAACAGAAAGGGAGAAUCAGAAGGCCGGUUCGAGUGAUGAUGCUUGUCGGGCAUCAUUAGAAGAACUUGAUAAUAUUCUCACCUCAUUAUUCAAAACUGAGAUACCAUCUUAUAAGUUCAGAUUUCUUCACAAUGAAGUGUGUCAUCAACAAGAACGUACUCAGUACAAAGAACUGCCCACCCUUCUGCACUGCGCGGCCAGGUUCGGCUUCAAGAACUUGGCAUCCCAUUUGCUCUGGUGUCCGGGGGCAUCUCGGGCAUUCCAGACUAAGAACUCUCAGGGCGCAGUCCCGGUUCAGAUCGCCAAACACCACGGUCACGACGAACUAGAGGAAAUCUUCAGAAAAUUCUCCAUCCAUGAAGACUUCAGAAAUGCGAAACAAGAAAAUGAAGAGAGAGGAAGCAAGGGGAAUUCAACUUACGCGCUUCCUACCCCGAAAUUCAGCUCGAGGCAGAGCCCAAGACACUAUUCAGGGAUGAGGCAGGAAGCGGAAGGAGCUGAGGAGGAGGAAGAGGAAGAGGAAGAGGAGGAAGAGGAAGAGGAGGAAGAAGAAGAAGAAGAAUCUGAAGAAGUGCAAUUGGACGAGGAAGAGGACGUUGAAAAUGACCCACAAGGAAUCAACCAAUGCCUCGAGAGUGAUGACGAUUUAUACGUUACGAUUCCAGGAGAAGUCUCACCGUUUAUUUCUGCCAAACCACCGACUCCUCCUCCUAGACCUGUGGCUACUUCCAACAGAAUGGAAAACUUUCCUUGCAUUUUCCCAGGAAAAAUGUCGGCAAGCCAAACCGAAGGAACCCAGGCCUGCUGUUAUCCCCACUUAAAACCAGAGGAAGAAAACGAGCCCGAGGAAGAGGAAGAAGAGGAAGGAGAGAAGGAGGACGAGGAGGAAGAGGAAGACCCUUAUACUUCAGCGGAGGUUGACGACAGUGAAUACGAUAUGAUAUUCGCCGGCGAUAGCGGCCCGAAAAAAAUAGGGAGCCGCUCUUUCAUCAUCAACAGACCUCCGGCACCUGCCCCUCGUCCCACUUGUGUCCCCAGUAAAGAGACGAAUACUCCUUACAUAGCUCAAGUGUUUCAGCAGAAAGCAGCCAGAACUCAGCCGGUUAGCAGGAGACCAUAUGCUCCACAUUCCAAAAAGUCAGAUCCUAGAGUUCGAUUCAACAAUCAAACCGAAGCGAUGCUGAAAUCCUGUAUACCUUAUGGUCAGGAAGAGCUAAUUCUAUUGCAGGAGAAGGUGAAGAAUGGGAAAAUGUCUGUGGACGAGGCACUUAGGAAAUUUAAGCAGUGGCAGAUUGAAAAAAGUGGACUAGAAGCUAUUCAGCAGGAAAAGCUUCGCCAUCUCAGGGACUGCAUUAUUGGGAAAAGACCAGAAGAAGAAAAUCUCUAUGACAAAAUCACCAUCGUUCACCAUCCUUGUGUUAAAAGAGAAAUCAUCCACAGUGAGAGGACUUUUUAUAGCGCAACAAUGGACAGUCUGCAUCCCCCUCAAGUGCCUGUAGAAAAGGAAUACAGUUUCUGUCCAAGGAAAGCCAUCUAAAGGAGGACAUUGUAAAUGAGCCCAAAGGUUUGCAGCUGUUGUCCUUGCCUCAGUGAAGCCGUCUAGGGUGCUGAUCAAAGGCCCCCCCGUGACCCCUUACCAACAGCUGUGUUCGCCUGCCGCCUCUAACAGAACAGACUGCAGUGAUUGGUUCCCUGUGAAGUUAACCAUUCCAGAAGCCACACGUUUCCCAGCAGUAGAAAAAAGCGAAAAUGUGACGGCCAAUAGAGUCUGUGUUCUUUGAAAAUGCCUUUGACAUUCGAAGUCUCAUUCUUUCUUAUUCUAAAUGCUUUCCACCUCAGCGAUUCUGCUACAGAGGCGGGGGCCGGGGGGAUAGGGGAGCUAACACACAGCUGGAAGGAGCAGCUUUAACAUACGGGAGAAACAAGAUGGUGUGGGCAUUUGACAGAAUUGCCAUCACAUAGCAAGUCUUCUGGGUCCCUUCUGAGAGACAGUGAAAAAGGAAUAGAGAGAAAGAAAGAGCCAAGUAAGAAGGACUGAGCAAAAAUGAGAGAAUGAGAGAGUGAGAGAGAAUGAGUGAAGAAAAGGAAAGAGAAAGAAGGAAAGAAAGAUGCUGAAGGAAAGAGAGAGCAAGGAAAGAGAAAAAGAGAAUGAGUGAAGAUAGAGGGUGAGGGAGAGAGAGAAUCGAUUGGGGUUUGAAGAGAACAUUCAUCCUGAGAGCACUUUUCAGCCAUUUUGAGAAAAGACAUGUCUAGACAAUCUGGAUUUUUAUGAGGCUUGAUGCCCUAACAAGACAACUUUUCCAUUUCCUACUUCUCUGUGUUUCAGACUGUAACCAUUACAUUAGCAGCUCCUUGGCACUGAAGAGAAUGGGGCGCCUGUGAGGAUAAGGGAUUAUGUAGAUGAGACCCUUGGGUCAAUGUCUCUACUGUCUGGAGCGUGAGACACAGUAGAUUGAGCUUUGCUAAUUCUCACUUUUCCAUGCUGCAAAGAAAUGUAUCCCAGCUCAUUAAAAAACAUUGUCCCCUUGUCAUCCUGCUUUGCGGAAGUUUACUUCGGCAGAGGAAAAAAAAUACCCAUUUGAAAGAGUCUUAAGACCCACCGCUCCCAAAAAGUGGAAUGUUUAAACUCUGGCUGACUGGGGAAAAGAAAUAAAGUUUUUCUGGGAUUCUGAA